AUGAAGCUACUCUCUGCCGGUCUUGCACUCACCCUGCUCCCGCUUGCGCUGGCCAACUCAGUGCUCGUCACUUACCCAAAGGAUACGCCAGACUCGGUUAUCGAUGAAGCAAAAGAUUCCAUCAGAAAGGCUGGCGGAAUCAUCACUCAUGAAUACUCCUUGGUGAUAAAGGGAUUUGCCGCCGACGCACCCGAGGCAGCUAUCCAGCAGGUUUCCACACAGUCGUCCCUGUACAAACCGACGAUUGAGCAGGACCAACCUGUUUCAAUAUCAUGA